AUGAACGACUCUGAAAAUACAGCAGCCCAAAGUGCCGCCACGAAGGCAGUCGAGAUCAAAAGAUUGGUAUAUCGUAGGGGCCAAUUAAAAGCCACGUUAACACGCUUUAAUAAUUUUGUCAACAGUCAAAAUCUUAAUAUAUCGGUUUUAAAAGUAAGAAAAGCGAACCUCGACACAGCUUGGGCAGAGUUUGAAGCUAUUCAAACCAAAUUAGAGGAAUUGGAUACCUCUCAGGAGCCAGAGAGAAUAUUGUUUGAAGACGAAUACUUCAACGCAGCCGCUUUGGCGAACGAUUUAAUAGAACAGCAUGAUCGUGACGUGCAUUCAAAUUUAAAUACAAGCAUACCCGCGAGUUUACCGUCUUCGGUGCCCAAUAGUAGUAACAGCGCUAAAUUACAGUCUAUUUCGUUGCCACAUUUUAGCGGAACGUACGAAAACUGGUUGCCUUUUUUUGAGAUUUUUCAAGCGCUGGUUGACAAAAAUUCUGAACUGACAAAAAUACAAAAGUUCUAUUAUCUGCAAUCCUGCCUUCAAGGGGAAGCAGCACAAGUAUUACAUUCUUUAGAAAUUUGCGAAUCUAAUUAUAACGAAGCUAUUAAGUUAUUACGCGAAAGAUAUGAAAAUAAGCGAGUGUUAAUCCACAGCCACGUCCGAAAUUUAUUCGAAAUGCCGAGCAUCACGAAAGAAUCAUAUCCAAAUUUACGUAAACUUAUCGAUAACGUCGUGCGAAAUCUCCGAGCUUUAACCAGUCUACAACAACCGGUAGAUCACUGGGAUACAUUACUAAUUUAUCUAAUUGCGCAAAAAUUAGACAACAAUACCCGAAAAGAAUGGGAAAUUUUUAACAAGCAAGAUUCUCCUACCUUCGAAGACUUUAUAUCGUUCUUAAAAAACAAAUGUCAAGUGCUCGAAACUAUCGACAAUAAAAAUCAAAGCGUAUACGAAAAAAAUACACACGAAAGAAACCCCCAAAAUCGCGGAACCUCAGUGCCCAAUCGUGGAGUUGUAGCACACGUUAACGCAAAUAUUCCUUUAAAUCAAGGGCAAGAACAACCGUUACAAUUUUACGAUGUCGGCAAUUGUUCGUUUUGCCACGAAACUUCACAUUAUACGUACAAAUGUCCGAAACUACUCGCGUUGCCGUUUAAAAGUAGAUUUUUCGAAUUAAAACGUUUAGGAAUAUGUACGAACUGCUUGAAAACCGGGCAUAGCGUCAACGAAUGUACAAGUAAAACCUGUAAGGUUUGCAAUCGAAAGCACAACUCAAUAUUACACGACUAUAAUUAUAAUUCGAAUCGAAAUCCACCUAAUCGUAAUUCCGAUAAUAAUAUAAAUCGAAAGCCGCAAAAUAAUAAUACGUUUGCCGCUGUAACUCUUAUGAACGACGAUAACGCCGCAAAUUUACAAAUUCCCGCUUCAAAUAAUUUUUUAGAGAUACACAGGAAUUGCGAAAACGAAACUACUGACAUACGUGCUCAACCCGGCAACAGUGCUGACAAGGGCUCGCUACGUAACGCGCCAAGCGAAGUCGGUGAAAUGCAGGCGGCUCCGUAUAGUCCCGCCACGGCAUCAGCUGCUAGCCAAGGUGAAAACGACAAGCAGAUUUUGCUUGCUACAGCAUACGUAAAUAUUUUAGAUUCAAACGGCAGGACGGUAAAGUGUCGCGCGUUAUUAGACUCCGCGAGCCAGUCAAACUUUUGUUCGGAAGAACUUUGCAAUAAAUUAAAUUUACCACGCAACAAAAUAAAUAUGCCUGUUAUAGGUAUAAAUAACGCGUCCUGUAGGGUAUCGUCUAAAAUUAAAACAACUAUAAGAUCGUUAAAUGAUGCGUUCCAGGCUAAAAUUGAAUUCUUGGUAAUCAGUCAGAUUACUACAAAAUUGCCGCAAGUUUCUUUCGAUCCUACUUUAAUAAAUAUGCCCGCAAAUAUUACGUUGGCCGAUCCUAAUUUUUUUAAUUCAGAGCCUAUAGACAUUUUAAUAGGAACCGAAAUAUUUUUCCGUUGUUUGAGUAGUGAAAAAAUACUCUUCGGAGACAACGCGCCGAUUUUACAGAACACCAAAUUCAGUUGGGUUCUUGUAGGACCUUUAGAUUUACAUAAAGUAACGACAAACCACCGCACUAACAACGCAAAUACUAAUUGUUUUUUAACUUUAAACCAAGAACGCGAUAAAAUGUUGCAUAAUAACGUUCAACAAUUUUGGCAAAUAGAAAAUAUUGAAAAUAAACAAAAUAAAUUAAGUAACGAAGAAUUAGAAUGUGAAAAACAUUUUGGGAAAAUUACAAAAUCGAUUCCGACGGGCGAUUCAUCGUAA